UAUCUAAGUAAGGGAUAAACUUGCCAAUGGCUCUGAAAAGUAUCAUUUAAUUGGUGCUAGAUGAAGUUGAAUCAAGCAGCUUUUUAUGAAGUAGUUUGAUCUGUCCAAGGUACACAAACCAACAAUAAUGGAUAAGGGGAUGUCCCAAAAAUCUUAUCAACAUAAUAAAGAUAGAAGUCAUCAAGAGGUGUUUGACCCUCUAAUGCUACAAAAAGAGACUUGUGCUUCUCAAGAACAUGAUGAAAUAACCAUAGGUAAUAGGCUAGAAUGUGAUGCGGCAUCUAAAGAGAUAAUGAUAGUGUGUGAUGCGGAGGAAACUAUUGAGGGAAAUGUCAAAGAUGAGUCUGCUGCAAUCCCACAGCCUCCUCAACAGACUCUGCAAAGUUCCCCAGGAAGAAAGAGUAACCGCCGCCCAAAACAACCAAGGUCAUACUCCCCUUCCUUACUGGCUGAUGGCCAGAAAGCAUCUAAACGGAGAAAGAAAACUUCAGUCAAGCGGCGAGAGACGGAAAGACUGUAUGAUAAACUAUCAGAUGGGUCUCCAUUCUGUUGUGAUCUAUGUGGCAGUGCGUACGUUUGCAAACCAUCACGGAAGUCUCGCUCCGGUAAAGUCUCACGACACACGCCAUACCCACGAUUUGGUAUCGACCCAAAUACGGGCAAGAAACUGAUGAUGUGCAAUGCCUGUGGUCUUGCCUUCAAUCGUCCAAAAAAGAAAAAAAUAAGGUUCAAGGCGUGUCAAGACCCUUCUGUCGAUCAUUGCGAGAAAGAGAAAUAUCUCAAGGAUGCAAAGGAGUUUGGAGAAUCUUUGGCACAGCAGCUGAAUGAGCCCUUAGCUGAUAGGCUCUACUGCCCUAAAUUUGUUAAGAAAGCUUGUGGAUGCAUACAGACAUAUAUUAUGGGAAUGAACAGUGGGAAUUAUGAUUCUUCUUCCAAGCGUGCACUAGAACUGUUAGAACUACUCACAGCAGCCAAAGAGCUGGCAAGCCUCAAGUUCUAUGACACUGGUGUCGCUAUCCCAAAAGUAAAAAAUAGAAGGGGCACAAUAGGCUUAGGUUGUGGACAGAGAAGAUCCAAGAUAUUCGAGGCGUUUGUUCUAGAAGAGCGUAGGAAGCUAAAAGAAGGGGAAAAACUAUGUGAUGGGUUUUGCCUUUGUGAGCUUGCCUGUCAAAGACUGCUGUGCUAUUCGAAUAAUUUCUUGCACAAGAAACUCAAAACUGUUGAAGGAGUCAAGAGAUUAACCAGAACCAAGGGGAAGUUGGAGAUGGGACUGCUAAAACCCAUCCAUGAGCUUCCAAAGGAAUGGUGCUGUGGGGACAGGUGUAGUAGGAUGGCCAUCUCUCAUGGUAAACUUCUUCAGCGCUGGCGAUCACAGGCCAAGGAGGGGCAAGCUAACGCGAGGCGAGUUUUGGCUGAAAUGCUCACUCCUGCGGGUGGUGCCCGCCCAAACUGUUACAGAUUCAUUGCCAUGGUAACAGGCUGCAGCCCAAGUACGAUAUCGCGUGUGAGCGAACAGAUGAGAGAGACAGGAGGUGACCGUGAGCCACCUGUGCAUGGCAUGAAAAAAUACUGGAAAAAUAAACCCAAGAAGCCAAAGGAAGGAAAGAAAGUGAAACCUUCAGUGUAUACAGAGCUAAAUAUUCCAUCCUCCUCUGUCCAGAACCAACUCCAUCAGAAUCAAAUCCUCCACCACGCCGCUGUAACAAAAGAUGGCAAAAAGAUCAUCACGCAUGAGAGAUCACUCCUGAAAAAGAUGCUCAACAAAGUCAACAUGGGUGGAUUAGUUGAUGUGCCCUCCACUGAGAUUCAUUGUGAAACAAACGUUGACAGAAGCAUCGUGGAGCCCAUCCAAGUGAUACCCAGCCAAACAUCUCUGGCAGGGCAACAGGACCAGUCAAUUACGAUACAACUUGCACCAACGUAUGCUCAAACUAUGGAACAUUAUCAAGUUCUUGUGCAGAACUCUAAUCACGAUUCAAUUCAAUUUGCGAAUGCUUCCAGACCUUUGAAUCUAUCACCACACACACAAAGUGAGAUGGUUACCGGAGAUGGAUUACAGAAUCCUGUUCUUGGAAACGACCAGAAAGUUUUUAGUGUUCCGCUGGGUGAAGCGUUUACCAGUCUGGCUGGUGAUGCGUUAGUCACGGGAGAAGCACUACCCCGAUACAGUGAUGUGGUAUCUCUGAAGAAGAGAGCUUCAAAAGGUGCUCGGAACGCAUCGCAAAAUAGCAAUGAGAAAAAACAGGAUGGAGAAGAAGUGCCACUAUUAUCACCUGUGCCCAUUGUUAGUUCUAGUGGUCUGCCAACUGGUGGAGAUACUGUCCCUGUGACAAAUGUGUUGGGUGUUCCUUUGAGUGACACACAGACCACUCGGAUUGAGAACAACAGCAAUUCAACCCAAAAUUCAGACACUGACGCUGAGAUGAUUCGUGCCAAAGUUAAUGAGAAAGUGGCUACUUCUGGUUCUGUUAAACUGAUGACACCAAAUGUGGCAUCUGAAAAGGACACUCUAUCAGCAAAAGCCAGAAAGAAGCAACCAGUUUCACUUCUGCCUUCAAUGACAGCACAGCCCCAAGUGUUGCAGUGCCAAUAUCAACAGUCUUCUGUGCCUUAUGGAAACGGCAUUCACUACGCGUCCCCCCAACCUGGUAGUUUUCAACUGAUUCUUAGGACUAUCUGUCUGCAGCCGCAAGGCCAAAUCAUUCAGGUUCUCAGUCCUCUAAGUGGACCAACUGUUGUUGGAGUAAAAUCAGAGGGUGCAACACAAGUAGAAACAAACAAGACAUUAGAUUUGACCCCGGUACACUCUCUUGUUACUAAUAAACUGUGUUCACCUUUGCAAGAAAAAGGUGUGAUUGCUAAGUCGGCCACAUCAGAUGUGAGGUAUGUCCAGUUAGCUCCGCCUGGCUCUACAGACCAAGCUGUGACAGGUACAAAUGUAACAUCAGAUGAAAACAAUGUGGAUUUAGAGUUAGUUGAAGAAGAUACUGGGGAAAGGUGGUAUGAGUCCAACAGGGAUGAGAGUCAAACAGUGGUGAAAGACGCUUCUAAAGAGAAUGCACCAGUCAUGACUGGACUGUUGCCCAAAGCUGCAAGGACUGGGAGCCUCCGGUUAUCCCCAGACCACCUCGAAAAGGAUUCUUUGGAAAGGAGGAAUGACCCUAACAAUGACGAGAGCCCUGCAGCAACAAACAUAAGUUCAAAGGUUAACAACUCGCUCCUAGGCCAACUGUUGUCUCAACCUCCAGUUUCAUCUAGUGUUGAUAUUAAAUCUUCUCCAGGGAAAGGACCGAUUUUGAAGAACGUGGCCACAAAAGACGGUGCCCCUGUGAGUGGUGAGUUUGCUCUGACCAAGAAAACUACUGGUAACCAAGAGAGGGGGUUAAUAUCUACUGCAAAAUCAUCAGAGCCUAGCAACAAUGUAUUUGUGGUACCAAACCCAAGUCUUGUCACAUCGCCAAUGAAACCGAAUUUCAUCCAAGUACCAGUGUCCCCACCAAGUGGUUGUGGGGUGCAACUCAUGACAGUGCCAGUGUGUUCAGGUUUGAUGAAAUUUGCCCCAGCGAGAUAUCAGGCUGUGAACUCUAAUGCCAGGAUAGUAUCAGCACCACCUAUGAAUUUGGCAAGGAACAUUCAGGUGGUUGGAAAUGCAAACAGUACAUGUACACAGUUUCUCAUGCCAGAUGGGAAGCUUCAAACGCUUCCACAACAAACUGGGACGGUUGUGGUACCGGCUCCAGGGACAGUUCAGAUGACUUCAGUGGGUGGCGCUCUUCCAUUGUCUUAUGUUCAAGCUACCAGUUCUCAGUUGAUGUCACCUGGGAAUAGAAAUGUCCGAAUGGUGUCACUGGGGUCUUUACCGAGGGCAAAUGGCGGUGUCCAGUUUUUAAAUCCAAAUUUUCAACCAAUCCCUCGGUCUCCACCACCAAAGUAUAGAUGUCCUUUGAAGUCAACUGAGGGUGUUUUGAUAAAAAAAGAUUUUAAAAAUUUGGCACCUAAGCCAUCUGUAACUUCUUGUAACAGUCAAAUCAUUCUUCAGCCAAUCCCUUUGACUGUUAUGCGAGAACCAGUUGGCCAAGCCGUUACUAUGGUAACCACUGCAUCAAGUGAAAAACCCACCACAAAUUAGUGGUCAGUUGGGAGAUCAAAAACAGAGGAGUCUCAUGAUCAAAUUUUCCUUCUUGUAACUAUGCAUACAGUCACCAAUAAUACUCAACUUUAUAUACCGAUGAA